AUAUUAUUUACUUUAAAUUUAAGAUAUUAAAAAUAAUAUAUGCACAUUCUUUGCAAAUGGCAUCUUUCCAGCAAGAAAAGUAUGACCAUGCAUCAUUCUUAGAAAAAAAAAAAGCUGAGAUUCUUGCUCGUAAAAAGGGAGAUAAUGUUGUAAACCCACUGGGAACUGCUCAGUCCCAGUCUCCUAAUGUAUCAUUUAUAAAAUCUGAAAAUGGAAUAACUGUUCCAUUUGCAAAUGAUGGAAGUUUUUUAGAGAGAUUUAAAGCAAUGCAAAAUCAACCCAAAUCUUCUACAUCAAAUUCUAAUUCAUCUACCUCUUCAACUAUGAAAUCCAUAAUUAAAACAGAAGGACAAAGCUCAUCUUUUACUACACUGAGUAAAGGACAAUAUGAGCCGUCUAAACUUGCACCAAUAUUUAAAGAAGAAGCCAAGGAAUGUAUAUCAAGUGAAUAUGCUCUCGCUGAGGAGUUGGCUCAAAAAGUUGCAAGAGAUGGACCUGAUGCAGAAGCCAAGGCGAAAAUUCAGUAUCAGAAAGACCCAAGAUACAGUUUUCUGUAUGAUCCGACACACCAAGUAGCAAAGUUCUUUAAAGCUCAAGUUAAGAAGAUAAUGAAUGAACUUUGCACUGUCCCAUCUACGGCACCCUCCAAUUCAGCUCGCAAAAGGCGUUGGGAUGAUUCUGAUGGUAAUCCAAGCCCAGUAGUAACAACUUUACCAGUCAGUCAAAUUACUACUUCUCCAGCUACCUCAUUAUCACAAAUAAACUCUGAAUCCGAAUUUGAAAAAGCUAAAGCUCUUAUAAGGGCAAAAGCAGCUGCUCUAUUGGGAGGUGCUCCUAUAAUUGAUACAGAAGAAGAAAAAAAAAGAGCCAAGGCUAUAGAAGAACAGAAAAUGAUGAAUUCAAUAUACGAAAAGGUCAUUCAGCAACAAGUUUUACUUGCUAUGGAGGCAUCAAAAACAAGAGAAUCGAAUAAGCCAAAAUAUGAAUAUGAUUCUGAUGAAGAAACAGAAGGUGGAACAUGGGAACAUAAAAAACGUCAUCAAGAAAUGAUGAAAACGCUUGAAUGGGCCAGAGAUCUUACAGAGAACGCCAAAGGUAAACAUCAUCUCUCUGAUUUCCUUCCACCUGAAGAGCUUGAAAAGUUUCUUGAAAAAGUUAAAGCUGUAAAAGAAGGCAGAGAAGCUGAUUUUUCGGAUUAUGCAAAGUAUAAAAUACAAGAAGAUAAUAUAGGUUUUAAGAUGUUGCAAAAAGCUGGAUGGAAAGAAGGAGAGGGCCUGGGAUCAAAAGGAGACGGAAUUGUUCAACCAAUAAAUAAAGGUAAAGUAUCUUUUGACCAGUCUGGAAUAGGUGUCGAAAAGGUGCAUGAAGUCCAACAAGACGAUGACGAUUUUGAAGUUUAUAGAAAGAGAAUGAUGCUUGCAUAUAAAUUCAGACCUAAUCCACUGAAUAACCCUCGGCGACCUUAUUACUCGUAAACGACCUUAUUACUCGUAAAGUUUAACUUCUGAUAAAACAAGGAUGAAAAUCAAUUUAA